GACAAUUAGAAUGGUUAUGUUUUCUAGCAUCAUGGCAAAUUCUAAAUUAAAAGUUACUAAACCGUUGUCACUUUUCAUUAUUUGUUUCAAAUGAAAUUUUUGUUACUUUGUGAAUUGAUUUGAUUUGUUAGAUUUUAGUUCUCAAAGAUAAUCAAAAAUAUAAUUGGUUAGAAAAAAUAAAAGUAUCCACGUGUAGUAGUAACGUAUUCGGUGAAAUCGAGCUUAAAAACCUUCCAGUUUGAUUAUAACUUUAAGUAUUUAAUAAGAAAUAGAAAAUAUAUUUUUUAUCUGUAUAAUUUAAUUUGUACAUUAUAUUGAAAUAAUUGUUAGUCUUAGAUAAGAUACUAACUACUGUAAUAACUCCGAUUAUGAUCAACAUGCUUUAAUACUUACAGAUAAUUUAUACGUGAACUAACCAAUUUUUCAAAAAAAAUGUAUUCAUCAAUUUUGAAAUAUUUCUUAGCAUUAUAUAUAGGUUUUGCGAUUCUUAUUUCCGCGGAAAUAGAACCAAAAGAAGACGAUGCUAAACCUACAGACCUGGAGGCCGUUACUUCUCCAGGAAGUACAGCGAGUACGGAAAAUAUUGGAUUUCUUCACGGUUUCGUAGCUAGUCUUAGUGUUAUUUUAGUAUCUGAAAUUGGGGAUAAAACGUUUUUUAUAGCUGCUAUAAUGGCGAUGAGACAUCCGAGGCUGACGGUUUUUGCUGGGGCCAUAAGUGCUCUUGUUUUUAUGACUGUAUUAUCAGCCUUAUUUGGUUGGUUGGUGACUGUAAUACCUCGAGCAUAUACUUAUUACAUAAGUACUGCCCUUUUUGCUAUAUUCGGUCUAAAGAUGUUGUGGGAGGGAUACCACAUGAAGAAAGACGGUGGACGAGAAGAACUAGAAGAAGUACAAAUGGAACUGAGACAGAGAGACGAGGAGCAUGACAGGGAAGGUGUUCCUGACGUGGAGAUAGGUGGUAAUAGAAGAAACAAAUCGGUUUGGUACGAAGUAUCACGGAUAUUUUUACAGGCUUUCACUUUAACCUUCUUGGCAGAAUGGGGGGAUAGGUCGCAAUUAACUACUAUUAUUUUAGGAGCUAGGGAGAAUGUAUAUGGUGUAAUACUGGGCGGUGUGUUGGGGCAUACUGCUUGUACAGGAGUGGCUGUGUUAGGAGGUAGAAUGAUUGCUCAGAAGAUAUCCGUUAGGACUGUUACAAUUAUUGGUGGAGUAGUAUUUUUGGUAUUUGCGUUUUCAGCUUUAUUCUUCGACCCAAACGCAACAUGAAUAAUUUAUUCAAACAAUAUACGAUCAUUUUCUUUUUUUAUAUAUAUACAUAAUAAAAUAUAAUUUGCCGAAAAAA